AUGCAUAGUUCACUGGUUCAUGUGCCUCUUAUAGAGUUUCUUAAAAAUAGAAUAUACCUUGGCGCUUAUGAUCAUCACAAAAGGGAUACAGAAGAUUUGGCAUAUUUCACAGUUGAAGACGCAUUACCAUAUAAUGCAUUUUACAUGGAUUUCGGACCUUUGAACAUUGGGCAUUUAUAUCGUUUUGCAGUUCUUUUACACAAGAAAUUAAACGAAGACUCAACCCAAGGGAAGGGACUCGUGAUAUAUAGUUCGACAUCCCCUAAGGAAAGAGCCAAUUUAGCAUGUUUACUAUGCUGUUACAUGAUAUUGCUCCAGAAUUGGGCUCCUCAUCAAGUUUUGCAACCUAUUGCUCAAAUCACGCCACCUUUACAAGCUUUCAGAGACGCAGGAUAUAGCAGUGCGGAUUAUGAAAUAACUAUUCAGGAUGUCGUGUAUGCCAUGUGGAGAGCUAAAGAGAGAGGUAUGAUUGACUUGGCCAAAUUUGAUUUAGACGAGUAUGAACAGUACGAAAGAGUCGACCAAGGAGAUUUUAACGUUAUAUCCAAAGAUUUCAUUGCAUUUGCAUCUCCUCAACAAAGCAAGCGAGGAGGAUUAAACGAACCAUUUCAAAAAGUUUUGGAGUACUUCGUGGAAAACAACGUCCAGCUUGUGGUGAGAUUAAACUCUCACUUAUACGACGCAAAAGAGUUUACAAAGAGAAAUAUUAAGCACAUUGAUAUGAUUUUCGAUGAUGGAACUUGUCCUACUUUGGAAUACGUUCAAAAAUUUAUUGGUGCUGCAGAGUGUAUUAUCAAUAAAGGUGGAAAAAUUGCAGUACAUUGUAAAGCAGGGUUAGGAAGAACCGGUUGUUUGAUUGGAGCCCAUCUCAUAUACACUCAUGGAUUUACAGCCAACGAAUGUAUCGCGUACAUGAGAAUGAUCAGACCAGGAAUGGUUGUUGGUCCUCAACAACAUUGGCUUUACUUGCACCACGAUGAUUUUAGAAGCUGGAGACAUACAAUGAUAGUAGACAAUAGACCCGAUCCUUUAAUUGGCAACUUGUUCCCAUUGUGCUCUUAUGAAGACUAUAAACAAAGACUAAAAGAGGCAAAAAGAAAAGAAAGAUUGCAAUUGCAACAACAAUUGACAUCUCCACUUGCUGAUUCUUCUGUAAUAAAUACCCCGAUUAGAAGACGUAAGGUGAGUGGUGCUUUGGCAUCUAAAAUCCAAACUGUGGUACCUAUCGAGUCUCCUGGACAACCAAGAAAAUAUUUUGAGGACUCUGAAGAUAUUGACGAGGUAGAAAUGGUGAACAAUUCUGACGAUGAAAACACUAUGCAAGAUAUAAUUCAAAGCUCACCAGCAAGGUAUGACUCAGUGACACCAAAAACAAAGGAUAAUUCUGAUUGGAGAGUUUUGAGAUCAAUAUCAACCAACAAUGUAUCUAGUCAGCAAUCAAUUCAUAUUAUCAAGACAACAACAACAAAAACAGUCAAUGAAACAUUAUCAUCUCCACCAGGUACAUCCCCCACGAAUGUUUUGCGCGUGUCUAAAGCCAGAUCCAAAAAUAGGAUCGCUUCUGGAAACUCACAAACAUCAAGAGCACACUCUGGUGGUGUGAGAAAGUUAAGUGGAAAGAAACAUUAG